AUGGAAUCCAAAAAGCCAAGGGCUCCAACACAAGACGAAUCCUCAGAAGGUUGGCCGACCACUCUAUUACAUUCAUUUGACUGCAAACAAGGGGCUGUUAGAGCUGUCAGAUUCAAUGGUAAGUUUACCAAAGCCCUGUAAAUGACCUUUACGUCCAUUUUAGUCGAUGGAAAUUACGCGUUGACUUGUGGCGCUGACAAAACAGUGGCUUUAUGGAAUCCCCUCCGACCCCUUUGUCUGCAACAGUACCGAGGUUGUGGAAGCGAGUUGCUCGAUGCUUGUGGCUCCUGUGAUAACUCGAUGAUCUUAGUUGGAGGUCGCGACAAACAACCGACCAUUUUUGAUGUGGAAUCGGGGAAAAUGCUGAAGCGAUGGCGGGACCAUGGAGGACCAAUAAAUGCAGUCCAAUUUAAUGAAGACAGUCGGGUAGCGCUGACGGCGUCGCAAGAUGGAACGGUCAGAUGUUUUGAUGUGAGGUCGAGAGCACCACCGUUCCAGGUAAGGAGAGUUGGAGGCUUUAGAGGAUGUAAAUGGGAUUUUCGGAGCAAAAAAUGGCUUAAAUUUUGGUGGAGAAGAUAUUAAUGUCUUUCUUUUGCUCCAGGUCCUCGACGAAGCCACGGACAAUGUCCUCAGUCUCUCCGUAACCAGCCAUGAGAUUGCCACCGGCUCGGCCGAUGGCCAUCUUCGUCUCUAUGACAUCAGAGAAGGCCGAUUAUUCAUCGAUUUUGUCGGUGAAUCCGUGACCAGUGUGGCAUUGUCCGACGAUAAUCAAACUUGUUUGGUCUCUUCGAUGGAUGGAUUUGUGAGGUUGUUCGAGAAAUGCAAUGGAACUCUGUUGAAUGAGUAAGUUUCUAAAUUUUGAUUCUAGAGUAAUACAAUUUUUCUAUAUUCUUUUUGUAGCUAUUCCGCCCAUAAAAACAAAGAAUACCGAGUUGAAUCGACAUUCCUAGCCACCAACGAUCAAAUCGCCUCAGGCUCGGAGGACGGCCACCUUUAUAUUUAUGAUCUCAUCAACUCCAAAGUCCUGGCCCGGCUCGAUCACUCUCCAAAUAAAUUCGUCCCUUCUCUAGCGGCUCACCCAACAAAAACUGGACUACUUCUAAGUGCCGCUGGCCAUAAAGUUUUUGUUUGGCGGGCCCAAAACGAAGACGAUGAGGAGUAUGAAGAAGUUGAGGUAAAAAAGUAA